AUGCAGGUCAAAAUGUCGAAUGAGCACUCUCCUCUGCUCAAAGACUCAGAAUGCCAGAAGCCCAAGUCUCAAGGAAUUACGAAAAUUCUAGCCGGGCUAGUUGGCGUCUUCCUGGCCAGUGCAGACAAAUAUGUCCUGCUAACGACUCAAAACCGAAUUGCGAUUUCGCUGCAGUCUCCAUCGAGCGCGUCAUUAUUAUUGGUGUCAUACAAUCUCGGUUUCUGUGUCGCGCUGCCGGUAUAUGGUUUCCUGAGUGAACGAUACGGCAGUCGCAAAUUUCUACUGGCCGCAUAUGCUCUGUUCUCCGUUGGAUGCGCUGUAUCCGGUGCUGUCGACUCAUUAUGGCCAUUUGUUUUUGGUCGCUUCUUGGCGGGUGUAGGAGGAUCCGGAAUGACCGAUCUGCUCUCUGUACUUAUCAAUGGUGGGCCAUUUUUGAUCAUUCUCAAGAAGCGAGAACUUGAACUGAUUUUCUCUCAAGAGGUUUACGACAUCUCAGAAGUUGCGACAGUCCGAAGCUACAUCAUUGCUGCUGAAAUAUUUGCUCAGGGGUGUGGGGGACCACUUGGGGGGCUCAUUGCUGACAGUAUUGGCUGGAGGUGGGCCUUACUCGGACAAACGCCCAUCGGUUUCCUCUGUCUAAUCCUAGCCUAUUGGCAACUUCCACAAGAUUCGAAGAGGCGUGUUGCGGAACCUGGAUUGGGCUUAUGGAGCUUCGAUUUUUUGGGUCUUGGGGCUUUCUUGAUCUCAGCUACCUCGUUUGUUCUGGGUACAACCGAUGGGAGCCCGACUUUAGAUAGCAACAAGUCCGCUCUUUUUACAAUUUCGGCCAUCUUCUUCGGAAUCCUGAUAGUCAUCGAAAAAGUGUCGCCCAGACCUAUGAUUCCCCCUUCAGUUGUCGCGGCGCCGGGGUUACGACAUAUUUUCUUGGGACAGUUCACUUUCUUCAUAUUUGUUAGCACAUUUCUGAACAACCUUCCCACCUACCUGUCCCAAGUCGACAGCCUCAACAGCUCACAAAUUGCUCUUCGUAUUUGGCCAUCGUGUGUCGGAUUAGUAAUUGGCACCAUGAUAGCAGGAAAAUUCCUGAGGACAACAAUAAAAUAUCGCAAAUUAUCUCUCAUUGGAAUGGGAAUAGCUGUCGCAUCACUAAUUUUAAUGGUGAUAAGAUGGAACGAUGGCAUCCAAGGAGUGGAGGUUUAUUAUGGAUUCCCCAUGUCGGUGGGAUGCGGGAUCUUCCUCUCAGCCCAAUUCCUUGCCUUGACCGUGAGGUCUUCGGAAAACAUCGCCAGUGCUACAGCAAUAUAUUGCCUGGUACAGCAAAUUGGCCAGAUCGUUGGUACCAGUGGUAGUACUGCGGCUCUCCGGCAACUAUUUCGCUUUCGGCUAGGUGCCAACUUGGAUGGCACUAUCCCAUCUGAAAAGACAAAGAUCAUCCAUGAAAUUCUCAAAAACUAUGGAUCUAUCGCAAAACUGCCUGAAGUCUUGCAAGAGGUUGUACAGCUCAGUUAUAUCGAAGCCUUCAGAUUAGUUCCUGCAUUAUCAACGACCCUUACAAUUAUCACUGGUAUCCUCGUUUCAUUUACCUAA